UAAAGCCCGUGAUAUACUUGUAUUGUCAUCAUUAUUACCAUGAUUAUAGUAGUUAGCUCCGCAUAACAAAUCGGAUCUUAAUGACUGCUGAAGUGGUUUCCGCAGUUUUACAGUGAGUUGUUUAUUUUGAACAUAACUGAGAAUCUGUCCAUGCAGUAUGAACGUGAAAAAGGAGGAAGACAAUAAAGACAGUACAGGAGGGUCGAAAGGGGAAUAUAAUCCCUUCGAACACCGGAAAGUAGAAAAGCCUAAUUCUGACAUAAGGUCAACGGCUAAUUUGAUCAAAGCAUCUUUAGGCUCCGGUCUGCUGGCCGGACCUCUCGCUUUUUCCAACGCAGGAUGGGGCGUAGGAAUUAUUGGAACUAUACUAGUGGGUGUAAUAUGCGGGCACUGCAUACACAUUUUGGUAAAAACGUCCCGAGGGUGUUGUAUUGCAGAAAGAAAACCUUUGCUGGGAUACGCAGAGACAUGUAAAUCCGUUUUUAAAAACGGGCCUAAGGGUGCCCGACCAUUUGCCAAUAUUGCAAGUUUAUUUGCUGAAUUUUCUCUGAUGUGUACGUAUGUGGGUGUGUGCUGCAUAUACACGGUGCUCAUAGGAGAUUCGAUAAAACAGCUUUUUGACAAAUACGUACCUUCGGUGGUCUUACCCGUGGAGUACUAUUGCUUGAUCAUCCUUAUACCACUGUGUCUGAUGUGCCAAAUAAAAUACCUGAAGUGGUUAGCGAUUUUUUCAAUAUUGGCAAACAUUCUGCUUUUUGUGACAUAUCUCUUCUGCCUGUAUUAUAUUUUCAAUGGAGAGAUGAAUUUCAGCGAUAAAAAAGCAAUUGGCAACCCUGCGAGAUACCCAGCAUUUUUGUCGACGGUUAUUUUCGCAAUGGAGGGAAUUGGAGUAGUUAUGCCAGUGGAAAAUGCGAUGAAGAAACCGAAGCAUUUUCUAGGUUUCCCGAGCGUCCUCGUGGUUGCCAUGGGAGCGAUUGUAUUUCUCUACACCUCUUUGGGACUCUUUGGUUACUUCCGCUACGGUGAUGUUCUCAGAGGAUCGAUAACGUUAAAUCUGCCAAUGGACGAGUGGCCAGCGAUAUGCGCUAAAGUGUGCAUAGCCCUUUCUAUUUUCUUCACAUACCCUCUACAGUUCUACGUCGUGAUUGACAUAUACACCAAAUACACCGAUCCACGAAUAAAUCAGAAAUAUAAGGUUGUCACCCAGGUAGCUGCCCGCGUCUUCGGAGUGUGUUGUUGUGUUGGUAUCGGCAUAGCCCUUCCUCUCCUAGAGCAGAUCAUCAACAUCGUCGGCGCAGCGUUCUACUCUAUCCUGGGACUCAUCAUUCCGGCAACCAUCGAAACAGUAUUUCGAUGGCAUGAUCUCGGAAAGUACAACUGGGUUUUAUGGAAAAACAGCUUCAUAGUUUUAUUCGGAAUCUUCUGUUUAAUUUCUGGUUGUACGGUUACUAUUUUAGAUAUCAUAAAAAUUCAACAUAGUAAAACCAUGUAGAUCGCUUUAAGGAUGACUCACGUUAGACCGGGCCGGAGCUUCUUCCUUUAUUUUGAAUUGUAUUAGCCAAGAACUUAAACUUUUCUUACUUCGCUUAAAACACGAAAUGAGUGAGUGAGUGUUAUGUAUUAAGAGCUAUAUACUUAUGGCGUUUUCUUUUCUUUACGAACUUUUGUUCGGGUCAUACCUGAUUUGAGAAUCCUCCUUAGAACUUUAUUUAAUGUAUAACCUUCUAAGUACCUACCUAUUAUAGUUAAAACUUCCUAAGGGAUCUAGGACAAAUCCGAUUAGGUAGGUAACAGGUUAAUGCUUUGAGUUGAUUAUAUGACUAUAUAUACAUACCUAGGUAGUUAAAAUUAAUAAAUACAAAUAUUGCAUUAAGUAAUAGGGUACUUUAAUAGAAUGGAAACUUAUAUUUAAGAGACAUUUUAAGCGACUUUAGAGAAAUCUCUCUAUCACAAUCCCAAUUAAGGUUCUUCGACCGACAUGUGAUGUGAGAUAUUUAACCUCUAGCCGCCCCGAGACCUAUAAAAAGGUCUCCUGGUCCAUUCUAAUUUGAACUUUGUGUUGACAAAAUAAAAUUUUAUUUUGCUUGGCAAGGUUUGACGUAUGGGCGGCUAGAGGUUAAUGGGUAAUUUUACUUGUGCUUAAUGUUAGGCAUUCAGUGCGAUAGAGCAAAUUAUUUUUUUGUUACAAUUAUAUACCUUACCCUAAUUUAUUAAACAAAGCCGUACGGUACGUUCAUGUUUAAUAAGUAGUUACUACUUAGUUAAGUAUUUAUUCAGUGAAAUAAAUUAUUAAAUGAAA